AUGAUUGAAUCUCAAAUGCAUUCUCAUUAUUUGGUAGAUACAAGUCCAUGACCUAUUUCAAAUUCACUUAGAGCUUUGGCAAUAAUCGUAGGAGAUGUGAUGUUAAUGUACUCAUUUUAAGGGGGUGCAACACUUCUCAGUUUAGACCUCAUAUUUCUCUUAUAUACCAUGUUUGUAUGCUGAUAUAAUGUUCUAUGUAAAUUCACGUUCGAAGAGCAUCAUACCCAAAUCGUACAAUUAGGACCUUGAUAUGAUUGAAUUUUGUUUAUUGUAUUGGAGUUAUGUUUAUUUUUUCUCUUUUUGGCCAUAUUUCAUUUUUCUUCGGCACCUAUAGUAGAGAUCAAAGCUAUUUGGACCCCAUAAAAGAUAGCAAAUUUUAGAUCCUUGAAAAUUCCUUUUCUUAAUAUCAUAUCCAUUUCAUGUGAAGUCAUCGUAAUUUGGGCUCAUCAUGAUACGCAAGGAAAAACACACCGAACAAUUUACUCUUUAGUAGCUAACAUUUCAAUGGCUUUAAAGUUUUAA